UGCACCCACCCAAACGGGCAGGAUUCUGGUGCCCCCCGUAACGCUGCCCCCUCUCUCCGGCGCAGUAACUCGGAGCUGGCGGAGGGCCCCCUGGGCCAGCUGCAACUCACAGCCUGGUACCACAUGGACGAGCGCAAGCUAGUUGUCAUCGUACAUUCCUGCAGGAAGCUGAGGGCCAGUUCGAAGGACAUUCCCGACCCCUACGUCUCCCUGAUCCUCCUGCCCGACAAGAACCGCGUGACCAAGAGGAAAACCACCGUGCGGAAAAGGACCCUGAACCCCGAGUUCAAUGAGAGGUUCGAGUGGGAACUGCCCCUGGAGGAGGCCUCACGGAGGAAGCUAGAGGCCUGCGUCAAAAACAGCGUCUCCUUCAUGUCCCGGGAGAAGGAGCCCCUGGGGAAGGUGCAUCUUGACCUGUCGCAGAUGGACCUGGCCCAGGGCAAGGCCCAGUGGCACAACUUGAAAGACGACAGGAGCAGCUCUUAGUCCCCCUGGCAGCCCCCCACUUCCCAGCAGGGUCCAGCCCACGCCCGCCCCCGGCAGCACCAGCCUUCGCUUGUGUGGCUCUGAGCACUCGCAUCUCUUCCGUUCUCUUCGGUGUAAAGCCGUGGGGGUGAACGCUGGGGGGAGGCUGUGGAUGGGGGUGUCACCCCCCCCCCCCCGCCCUGCGGCACUGAUCAGGGAUGCCAAACGCAAUCUGCCUUUUAACUGACCAAAGAAAAUGGACCCGCGGGUGGAGCCAGGCAGGGGGCUGGGGCCUCGUCAGCUCUUGGGCCCGAUCCCAGAUGGAGCAGGGGUCGGGCGGCAGGAUGGGGCGUCUCCCCCACCCGCCUGGUCCGAAACGCAGGCCGUGCCGGACGGCACCGUGGGGCGGGAGUGGCUCGGCAGGUCCCAGCUGGCACGGGAGGCUCUGGCCGAGCUGCCGCAGUGUGGUAGAGAGAGCAGCCCAGAUCCCGGGGUGAGGGGCGCAGGCGAGACCCC